GCUGGUAUACCAUUCCUUCGGUGCCGUUCGCUUCGUGACGUUGAUACCUAUCUCACCUUCUGAAGUGUAAUCGCGUCGAGUGAAGGCAGGCGCGUGCAGACGUACGCACGCGUGCACGCAGACGCGCAGCAAUCGCGCAGCAAUCGCGGUCGCUGCAAUAGACACCUGUUGCGGCAUCGACCUGAACACAGUCAGCCCAGUCGACGCCGAACAGUCGCGAUCGCGGGUUCGAGGUGCUCCCUGAGUUCAUGUUCGUCGAGUGAAUAAACACCGUUGGCUGAUAUCUUCGAGGGGUGUUCGUGAUUUCUGACAACUUCUUGAAUUUAGCAAAACUUUUUUCAUAUCUCUGUUCCCACGCCAUAGAUAUAAAAAUCGACUGUGAAGAUCUUUGAAUUUAACGAUCAACCGAUAAACUGAAGAGACGUUAUUGUGAAUUCUUAAGUGGUCAAAUAACAAAAAUGUCAUUAAAAUUGGCGGAUGACCAGCGAUUUGCAUUGAUGAAGUUUCGACGGUCAGUGCAAGAUAUCCUACAGCCGCACCACGAUGACUACUUUCUGCUUCGCUGGUUAAGAGCAAGAAAAUGGGAUCCUAAUGCAGCCGAAAAAAUGUUGAGAAACUCGCUAGAAUGGCGAAAACAAUGGGAUGCUGACAAUUUGGACAAAUGGGAAAUUCCUGAAAUAAUAAAACCAUACCUGCCUUACGGAUUAAGUGGAUUCGACAAAGAUGGGGCACCAGUGAUCAUCGUACCAUUUGUCGGUAUGGACAUGUACGGAGCAUUACAUGUAAUAACACAAAAGGAAUUCAUCAAACUUAUGAUAAAAUUGUUAGAUGGUUAUUUGAACUUAGCCAAGGAGCAAUCCAAGAAGCAUGGACAUGCCGCUAAUCAAGUGACCGUUAUUUUCGACAUGGAAGGAUUUAAUCUUAAACAGUAUUUGUGGAAACCAGCUGGCGAACUUGUUAUCACCUUCGUCCAAAUGUACGAGGCGAACUAUCCGGAAAUUCUAAAGAUGUGCUUCCUGAUCAACGCUCCAAGAGUCUUUGCUUUCGCUUUUACAAUUAUUAAGAAAUUUAUGGACGACUAUACUUUGUCAAAAAUACAAAUCUACAAAGCCGAGCCGUCGAAAUGGAAAGCAGCACUUUUUAAACUCAUACCGAAGGAUCAACUACCUGCCCAUUAUGGUGGAAUACUAACAGAUCCAGAUGGCAACCCGAAAUACACUUCAAAAAUCUGCCAAGGUGGUAAGAUACCUAAAGAGAUGUACAUCAACAAUAUGGAUAAGCUAAACGAGGAUUAUACUACCGUCGUCGUUCGAAAAGGAGGAAAGUUAGAAUUCGAUAUUUCUGUACCCGAAGAGGGUUCCAUCUUAAGUUGGGAAUUUCGAAGUGAAGGUCAUGACAUCAAAUUUGGAAUUCUGAAAAAAGACAUGACUAAUGGAAAGAAAAUAGAAGUUAUACCUAUUCGGAGGGUUGCGUCUCAUCAAUCGGAUGAAAUUGGAUUAUUAACUUGCGAAACUCUGACGACUUAUUACGUCGUUUUCGACAAUACCUACAGUAUUCUAAGGAAUAAGAAGGUUCAUUAUUCCGUACGUAUGUUACCACCAGCAUCAGAGACACCAAUUAUGUAAUAAAAUGGAUC